CCCCGAGUCCAAAUUUCUAAAGCACUCCCAGUACUGGUCUCUCUCCUCGCCUCUCCUCUUGUCGUCCUCUGCUCCUCCGCGGCGUUGCUGCUUCCUCGCCACGCCAUACCUGCGCGAACCCCUCCCAAUCCGAUCCCCUCUCGUCUUCGUUUCCUUCCCCUCGCCGGACUCCGUCUUUCGCCCUAGUAUGGAAGAGAGCUGAGGCUGUUCGGUGCCCACGUCGGGAGUUAGGGCCGGAGGUGUGGCCGAUCGGCGGGGACGGAGUGAGUGUAAUGAGCGGGCCACAGGAGCGUAACAUGAGGGAUCUGUACAAUCGCACUCGCCACAAAGAUUUUCCGGCUCUAGAGGUGCGUCGAGCCGCAUCCACCACGGUGCUGUGGCGUACGCGUUGUUGUUGGGGCCUUGUGGUAGUUGUUAGUUUCCCCAAUAGGAUGAGAUGUGCUGUGUUAGGAGUUCGUGGAUUCGAAGGUUUGCAAACGACGCAUGCUGGCGUACUUAUGAUUCAGGAAUCAGCCGAAGGGCGCAGCGGAGGACGCCCGUCGGGAUCGGAGCAACGGGAACUCGCCUCUAAGAUGGAGGACAAGGCUGUGGUAAGGAAAAGAUUGGUAUCAAGCAAUAACACUCAUGCCAAAGUAGAAUCUGGCACCUGUAAUGUCUGUUAUGCCCCUUGCUCCUCUUGUUUACACCCACAUAUUCGGGUUGUGGAUUCGAAUGUUGAAUGUGCAUCCUCUCAGACAUGCUCCACAAGGUCAGAAGUAAAAAACAAUUCACUCGUUCGUAAUGAGAAAGGGCUUUGUAGUAAAGGAGAAAACGAUGAUGAGUUUAGUGCAACCUCAGGUCAUGUUUCCGACUCUGUGGUUGCAAGAGCAUCCAUUGCAGACGAUUCAUCAGAGGUUAACAUGCCAUCAAAACGCAGGAGGCUGUUAAAUGAAAACACAAGACUACCUAGAGCAGAAUACCUUGAAGACAGCAACUCAUGUGUUACUGGUAUAUCAGCAGAAGGCAAACUUCAUGUGGAUAAGAAAAAAUUAUCAACUUCUGCAUCCAGUCGAGAUUUGACUGCUAAAGAUUAUAAAGUCAACAGCAUGGCUAACCACAGCAAACUAAGAAACCAAUGUAUUGAUGAAUCAAAGAAAGGAUCUGAUGGUCGUGACAUGCAUCCUAGCUCAUCUGGUAGAUUUUCCCCUGUAGAUUCUUCUGUUAUGACAAAAAAGAUGCUGCGAACCCAGUCUUCUGUCAGUGCAUUGAGCAGAUUAUCUCCUAACAGGCAAGCUCAUGAAUUUGGGAAAGCACUGGAUAAUUUAUCUCAUCAACCUUGUGAGAAGGCUUCUCUUUUGAAGAAUAAUGAACAACUACGAUGUGGGCAAUUGAACCCUUGUAUAGCUGGUGAAAACAAUCAUGGCACACUGGCAGGCUACAGUAAUAGGCAUGCGGACAAAGAUGUUUUCUCAUUGAAGGAUCUAGACAAUGGUACCUUGUGCUCAAAAGAUGAAAUCCAAGAACAUGGUGGCAUCCAUUCUAAUGAUGAUGUUAAGAAGAAUGUGUGUGGCGAACAAGCUUUGGAUCAAGAUUGUUCAAGGGAUAUAUCCAGUGACAGAAAGUUGAAUAUACAACAUGAUGUGACAGACUGUGGGAAUUCAGAAGGUUUGAUAGAUGUUAAUGUUUGUGAUAUAUGUGGAGAUGUUGGUAGAGAGUAUCUUUUAGCUACAUGCACCAGAUGCCUUGAGGGAGCAGAGCAUAUUUACUGCAUGCGAGUGAAGUUGGAAAAAGUUCCAGUUGGUGAAUGGUUUUGUGAAGAAUGCCAGCUUAAGGAAGAUCAGAACAAUACAAGUAACUAUGGUAUCUCGGUGGUUAAUGUGACAGAAGGAAAGAACCAAAGGACAGAAAGUCGAAGCAAGCCUAAGACAUUGCAAAUUGUUGUGCCUGAUUUUGAUGCUCUGGAAGUCACACACAGCGCAUUGACAGCUGAUCGGUGUGAUGGUAACAGUAAAAGGUUGCAUUUAGCUUCGACUGAUACACAAACACGGCAACUAAAGGAUACCACCCCAGCUGCUCAAAGGUUGGAUGUGAAGAACAAAAAAUCAUUAAGUGUUACAAACCGUAACAAACUGCAAGUUCUUACAUCUGAUUUAGACACACGACCACACAAUUAUGGAACAUCAACAUCUGGAGUCUAUACCAAUAAAAGUCAAAGUUCAGAAUUUUUGUUAAACCACAAAAAGCUGCGAGUUUCUACUGACAUGCAGUCGCCACUCUCAAGCGAAGGCCUACGGAGUCCACCAAUAUCAUGCAAGAGACAUGCAGAGAGUAUGUCGUCCCCUAAGCCUAGGAUCGUCAAGGCGGGUACCCUUGGAAAACAAGAUGUCAUCUCUCGUGCGAACUCAUUUAAGAAAUCUAACAAGGGAGGUUUAAGUUCAGUUGAUAAUAUUCCAGUGAGAACUACCCAGGCUGUCAAAAGUUCUGACUCUCAGACAUUGUCACGGUCAUAUUCCUUGGGGAACAUGGUGAAUGCUAAAGCUCCAGUUCCUUCACCAAGAGGCUUUUUAUCCAAGCAGCUAUCCUUCAACAGCACCAACAACGGACCAAAGGUCAAACAGUUGGCUGAUGGGGUGUCUAGCAAGUUAAGACCUGCAGAACAUUCCCCAAGAGAUCCUAGAGAUAAGAAAUCCAUCAAAAAGAUUGUACAAUCAGGAUCCUUCAAACACGAGGGUUCAGAUUCCAUAGUUGCUGGAUCAUCAAAAAAAAAGCAAACAUUUCAUUUGUCUCAAGAUGAAAAACCAGGAGUACUGAAGGUAAUAAAGGAAAAUAAUUUAACAGAAAGAAGGGCUUCAUUUAGCUUGAAAAAACGAAACAUUCCUUCAUCUCCAAGGCCUGACAGCUGUAUGAAGUCAGGGGAAAGAAAAAAUGAUCAGGAUAUUUCAAGGUCUGGAACAAGCAUACUUAAAAGUAGCAAAAAACCUGGAUAUGCUGAAAAGAAGCAGAACAAUGAUUUGUCCAGAAGUGAUAAUGGCAAGGAAGAUGUUACCGUGCAUCCAAAAACAAUGGAAGUUUCUGGUAAAGAUGCUUACGUAGUGAAGACAUCUGAUCCACCAGUUCAACCCCAAUGUGCCAAAAAGGAUAGACCAAAUGAUGUUGAGGAUGACGAUUUACUCAUUUCAGUGAAUAAUGUUAACAUAGCGCCAAAUGAGCAUGCCGAGGUGGUUCCCACAACAUUUGCUGCCAUGACUUAUGAAUCAGAUUUGCAAGAUGUUCCAAGAGAAAGCACCUCUGAUGAUUCAGCUCCAAAAGUGGUAUGUUGCCAACAAAAGCUUUUGGAAAACACAGGAGAUGAUUCUGGUAAAAUCGUAGAGGUGGUUCAAGAUUCAGGAGAUAUAUUGUCUGUGACUCCACAUGGUCUUCAGAUGGCACACAAUCUAUACCCCCCUGACAAUAAAUUGCAUAAACCAGAUUUGAAGAAGGAAGCUUUUGCUGAUCAAUCUUCCGCUCUUGGGAAUUGUUUAAAAGAUUUUGUUAUUCCAGAGCAGUCUUACAUCUGGCAGGGUGGGUUUGAGGUUUCAGGACAUGGAAACUCCCCUGAAAUGUUCGAUGGGUUUCAAGCUUACUUGUCUACUUGCGCCUCAUCCAAAGUACGUGAAGUAGGUGAACAAUUACCUGACAAAAUUCAGCUAGCAGAAGUCCCACGGCAUUCCUCAUGGCCACUGCAAUUUAAUGAAGUAAAUCCAACUGAAGAUAAUAUUGCUCUUUUUUUCUUUGCUAAAGAUGUUGAAAGUUAUGAAAGGGCAUAUGGAAAACUCUUGGAUAACAUGCUUCUUGGUGAUUUGUCUCUUAAAGCAAAUAUUGGUGGCACUGAACUUCUCAUUUUCCCAUCCGAUAAAUUGCCAGAGAGGAUUCAACGUUGGAAUGGUUUACCUUUCUUUUGGGGCAUUUUUUAUGCCCGGAAAGCAAGUAGUCCACUAGAGCUUCCUACAAAUAAUUGUCCAUUAGAACAAAUCAAUGAACCUGUUAUCCAGCAUGAUAUUGGUUCGCCUAAGGCACAUCAGCCUUUGGGUAUAGAUUUGAAUGAGUGCCCUAAUGAUUAUAUAUCUGAUCUGUCUCUUUCACUUGGAUCAGAGAGUGAGAAGUCUGGUGCAUCUUUAGAUCGUAAUAUUGUAUUAGAGUCCAAACGUGAGGAUAGAAGUCUGAAUGCAAGUGAAAUACAUCAUGAAGAAACUGCAGGCACAAGACAAAUUAUACCGGGGCAUCCUUCUGUUGCUUCCUGUGGAACUAAUCUUCCCACAAUCUCAACAGGAGGUCAUGACAUGAUUCAGGAUUAUCUGGCUGCUGCUAAAGGUAGCACAGGAACACCAGGUGGAAACAAAAUGGAGAAAACAGAUCAGAAUGAAACUCUGUUCCGUUUUUCGCAGCAACUAGGUGCAACUAGAUCAAUCUCACAUGAGAUAGAACUUAAUAAACAUGGUCUUUUGCCCUCGCACUGUCAUUUGAGUGGAUCAAAGAUAUGUGAUGAUCAAACCAAAUCAACUCCAAAUUCAGAUAUGGGUCCUUUGGAUUUUGACAUCACCAACAAAAGGCAGAAGACUUAUGGGAAACACUCUUGCAUUUUUGGAGAUGCAAUGACACCUAUGAAAUGCUUGUCCAAGAUACAUCCCUUACCGGCUGGACAGGAUAAUCCAUGCGAUGUUUUACAGCAUUGUCAUCGGGGCCCUUCAGAUCCUGCCUCUCUUAAAAAACCUUUACCUGAUCAUUUCAUCCACGUUCUUUCAUCUGACGACGAAGAUUCCCCAGAACCUAGUACUAGCUUAAAUAAGGCAUCAUCGAAGGCAGAUGAGGGCUCCUCCAUUUUAUGCUCACUUUCCCUAUCCAUGGUGGCAACGAAGCGUAAUCUUUCUGGUUCAGAUAUUGUAGAUGAUGAACCACUGUCUCUCUCUCUUGGGCUCCCUAGUGUUGUCGGUGGGAGAGCAGAUCAGGAGAUGAAGCAAUUCCUGCCGGAGAAGCCAGGCAUAAACACUUAAUGCCCCUUUAGAUUUGCGAGUGUACAGUUUUGUGCAGCUGUAUGGAGUUUAGACAGGGUAGAAGUAUGGUAUAGCUGUUAAAUUAUGAAUAUUUUUCAUUUUUUUCUCUCUCACUGUUAUAUGCAUCUGCUGCCGUUGUUAGUGAUAAUGGUGUGAUGAUGUUACUAUCUGCCAUAUCUAUGAGAUAUAUGGUGUUAGUUUCUUGAGAUAUUAUGGGUAUGACAUAAAAGGAUAGAUCAAAAUGUGAAUGUUUGUGAAUUCAUUUUGUCAUGGUUUAACUUG